GACCAUUCGCUGCCCGAACCGGUGGUGUCCGUCAACCACAGCACCGGUACGCCAGCGGCGGGUGAUGUGAACCCACCUCUCACUGACACCACCACUCAAUCGGUGCCAAAACCGGUGUCAACGCUAUGUCUAUUUGAAUGCCAUUUUAAGGACUGUUACGGAAUGUUUACCACCGAAGAGAUACUGCAGAAGCAUAAGAGGGCUGUCCAUCAAAAGCACGACCAGUUGUCGACAUCGGCUCAAGAACUCCCCGCUGUUCCCAUUGAGAACAUUGAAUCUCAAACACUUCCAAGUCUUUCUGAUGAUACCACUGGAACUCAAGCACUUCCAGGCCUUCCCAGUAAUCUCAGUGCCUCUCAAGUACUUCCAAGCGUUUCCAGUGAUAAUUCUGUGCCUCAACUAUCGCCUGGCCUUUCAAGUGGUGUCACUCCAUCUCAAGCACUUCCAUCACUUUCUAAUGAUAAUCCUGUGCCUGAAGUACUGCCCGGCCUUUCCAGUGAUAACUGUGCGCUCAACACAUCCAUUGGUGGUCUAAGAGUUGUUGACAUACCUGUGCCCACACCGGCCAACACUGAGAACAGUAACCGAUUAUGGGAUACAAUCUUAGGAGUGGUCAGUCAGCCACCGGCCGUCACCAUAACUCUCACCGACUCAGACAUCAGUGACGUUAUCAGCGAAACGAUUCCAGCGCUCGACACCANUUUUAAGGAUUGUUUGGGAAUGUUUGCCACCGAAGAGACACUCGACAGCCAUCGCAAGGCUAUCCAUCAAAAGCCCGAUCAGUUGGAUAACACUUAUGGGCGCACUGUUUGCCGGGAAAGGGAUGGCAAUCGGGACCAACCGGACGAGCGUAUAGACAGUGCCCACAGACCCGCCGCCGGACACACUGUCACUCCCGAUAGGCAUCAGUUUACUGAGAGGGAGAGCGCCCGCAACGGACCAGUCGUUGACACCGACGACGAAGAGUUGACCGAUUGGCGCACCGCUGGAGACCAGACACCGACUGUCGUAUCGCACAAAUCGGUGGACACAUCGGUGGCGGCGCCGCUCGAGACGGCCCCCAAUGAGCCACAAAAUCAAAGAAAAUUCAAAUGUAUUGAUAAAAAUUGUGGCAAAAGUUUCAAAUCACAACAUGGAUUAAAUCAACACAAACGCACACAUUCGGGAGAAAAACAAUUUGUUUGUGAUUUCAAUGAAUGCCACAAAUGUUUUACACAUAAAUAUGCUUUAAUUCGACACAGAAUUUGUGUUCAUUUGAAUGAAAGACAAUUCAAAUGUAAUGAAGAAAAUUGUGGCAAAAUAUUCGCACUAAAACAGCAUCUAAUUCUACACGAACGCAGUCAUUCGGGAGAAAAACCAUUUGUUUGUGAUUUCAAUGAAUGCCACAAAAGAUUUUCAGACAAAAGCAAUUUAUUUCGACACAAAAGUUGUGUUCAUUUGAAUGAAAAGAAAUUCAAAUUCCAACGUUUACUAAGGGCUCGGGUGGGCGCAGGCCUUAUGGUCGGCCAGAUUGGACCGAAACAGAAAUGUUUGGUCGCAUUCAUCGCAUUGAUAAUUGUGUUGAGUAUUGAGUACUCAAUGGAUUUGCACAUCGAUUCAGACAUCGAUGACAGCGGUCAUUUGAUGGCCGCCAUCGACGACCAGUUUAUGGCCGACCAAUCGCUUCCCACUCAUGAAGACUACACACGUAUUGACUCAUUGCUGGAACGGCUGUCCGAACGGUAUCCCGACGUUAAGCCAGUGGUCGGCGCUUCUGGCGAUACUUCAACGACUGAUUUAAACAGUGAUAUAAAACCUGAUGUCAACGCCAUUGCGCACAACUCGAUGACCGAUAUUACCGGCAAUAGUGCCGUCACAGCAGCGGGUGAUAGUGUGGCACAAACUGCUGGCCAAUCAGUGGUCACGCAGUCAGACACCGAUGUGUCCGCCACUGACGAGGCACUGAUCGAUGUUAAGCCACUCAUAACUAAUCCGAGUUUACAGUCAUUGGCCGCCACUUUAAGCACUCAAACCGAAGACAGAGAUAGUGGUGAACCAGUGAUGGCUUAUAUACCGGCGCCACUGAUUGGGAACAAUACAGUAAACCGUAAUAGAGAUGAACAGUCAUGUGUUGGCACAACACCUAUCGGUGCCAUCAUUUCAAACACCGAUAGCCGAACAAUAGCCACAACUAAUUAUAUAAAUACUGCCAAAGAAGUGACUGUUAAUGAAGAGACAGUCGGUGUGAACAGUGGUCAAGAAGUACGCACACAAUCGACAGCACCGGUCGAUAAGGAAGUCAGUGAACGGCGCACAAGAAGAGGAAGAAGCAGUACUUUGAGUGAUGGAGAACUGAUAGACGACGAGACUAUGGCCUAUACUGAGCGGGAGUUUGAGUGCCGCGAAUGCCGGCAGCCAUUUGGCCACAACCGGUAUGAAUACAAUGAACACCUGUUUAUCAUUCACGGCGAACGACAGCCAUAUCGGUGUGAUUACGACGACCCGCGCCGACCACUUGACAAUCGGUGCGGCAAACAGUUUGACCGGGCGUUUGAUUACGUGCGCCAUCAACGCAGCCAACACGACCUGCGCGUGACCUACGAUUGCGAGUACAGCGGGUGUGACCAGUAUUUUGAUCACAGGUCGGCCAUCAAAGAGCACAUCAUUAAAAAACACGGCAAACAAUCGCCGUUUGUCUGCGAUCGGGCCGACUGUGGCCACAGUUUUGGCCGCGAAACGCAACUCUACGCCCAUAAACGUGACGAUCACACCAACAGACCGCUCGAGUCCAGCCAUAGCCGACGCUCAGCGAGUCAUAAGGAUUUCCAGUGCGAAGACAACGAUUGUGGCCAACGAUUUGCCACUCAGUCGGCGCUCGACGACCACAACGAGAACAACCAUUUGACUGAUUGGCACGAAUGCGAUGCCAAAGACUGCAACCGAACAUUUGUUAACCAAUCGCUGCUGAAUGAGCACAAACUUAGGGACCAUUCGCUGCCCGAACCGGUGGUGUCCGUCAACCACAGCACCGGUACGCCAGCGGCGGGUGAUCACAAACUUCGCAACCAUUCGCUGCCCGAACCGGUGGUGUCCGUCAACCACAGCACCGGUACGCCAGCGGCGGGUGAUGUGAACCCACCUCUCACUGACACCACCACUCAAUCGGUGCCCAAACCGGUGUCAACGCUAUGUCUAUUUGAAUGCGAUUUUAAUGAAUGUUUCGGAAUGUUUACCACCGAAGAGAGACUGCAGAAGCAUAAGAGGGCUGUCCAUCAACAGCACAACCAGUUGUUGACAUCGGCUCAAGAACUCCCCGCUGUUCCCAUUGAUACCACUGGAACUCAAGCACUUCCAAGCUUUCCCAGUAAUGUCAGUGCCUCUCAAGUACUUCCAAGCAUUUCCAGUAAUAAUUCUGUGCCUCAACUAUUGUCUGGCCUUCCAAGUGAUGUCACUCCAUCUCAAGCACUUCCACCACUUUCUAAUGAUAAUGCUGUGCCUGAAGUACUGCCCGGCCUUUCCAGUGAUAACUCGGCGCUCAACACAUCCAAUGGUGGUCUAAGAGUUGUUGACAUACCUGUGCCCACACCGGCCAAUACGGAGAACAGCAACAGAUUAUGGGAUACUAUCUUAGGAGUGGUCAGUCAGCCGCCGGCCGUCACCAUAACUCUCACCGACUCAGACAUUAGUGACGUUAUCAGCGAAACGAUUCCAGCGCUCGACACCAUCGGCUCGUCGGCUAGCGAUGGGAUACUCACCGGUCGAUUAGUGCCGCCGCCGUUACCGCCGCAGAGCCUAUUGACUGCACCACUGGUGUCGCCAUUUCCUGUUGCGGCCGGCCUUACAAUGAUAUCAUCGGCUUAUACUCAUCACAGGUAUCGUAUAUUGUGUGCUGUAAUACAUGUGUUCAUUGUAUUCAUACCGGUUGUGGCCAAAUGGCUGCCGGCAUUCGCGGCACUCAAACUCCCGCUCAGUAUAGGCCAUAGUCUCGUCGUCUAUCAGUUCUCCAUCACUCAAAGUACUGCUUCUUCCUCUUCUUGUGCGCCGUUCACUGACUUCCUUAUCGACCGGUGCUGUCGAUUGUGUGCGUACUUCUUGACCACUGUUCACACCGACUGUCUCUUCAUUAACAGUCACUUCUUU